AUGUGGGCAUUCGGUUUGCUUUUCAUAGAUGGCUUCAGGAAGGGGCAAGGGAUAGGAAAGAAACUGCUGUCCUUACAGGUGCUCCGUUUGAAAGACGGCAAACCGUGUACUUUCAAAGAUGCUUUCAUUCGCCGGUUCGCAGGUGUUUUUCAGCCGCUGGAUUUUUUCUGGACACUCGGUAGAAAACGGCAACGGAUCGGCGAUAAGUUAGCAGAGACAGUUGUCGUGAAAUAUGAGCCGGAACUGGAACAGGCUGAGGUUGAAACUGAAGACCCGGAAAAAGUCUUAGAGGGUGUUAUCGCUGCGAUGAAAAACAAACUUGUAGAAGCACGCGGAAAGGUUAAUGCCUCUAUCGGCGUUGAAAAACAGUUUCAGGACGCUUAUGAAAGUGCUGUUUCCCAAGCGGAGCGGUGGCAAGAGCGCGCACUCAUUUCCCUUAAAGCCGAACGCGAGGAUUUGGCACGCGAAGACAUCGAAAAACGAAACGAAUACCGACGAUUAGCAGACAAACACAAAAUGCAAUGGGAAGAACAGAAACAGAUUGUCCAAGAACUUAGCAACCUUCUUGAGCAUUUUCAGCAGAAAAUGAUGGAGGCGGAAGGAGAGAAAGCCGCCGUCGUAGCGAAACACAGGAACGUUGAUGCCGAAGCACACCUUCGCGAGAUGCUCACAGAGAUACAGGACAGUAAAGCACUCGAAACACUUGUACAGAUGGAUCAGGAUGCGAUUGAGGCAGCCACUUUGGCGAAAGCGGCGGCUGAGGUGGAUGUUGCGUAUCAGGAUGCGAAAUUGGAGCGUGAAUUUUCGAGUUAUGCCGAAGAGGCAUUGCUUGAUAAGGACCUCGCUGAAUUAAAGGCGAAAUUACAGUAG